CGACGACCACGAGAAAGGCAAUAGGAGCGUCUGAUUCAUCACCAUGGCAGAUGAACAGAAGCCCGCCGAGGAGCUGCCGCCGCCAGCAGAGGCCGAACACACAGAGGCUGAAGCUCCUCCCUCACUCCAGGACACUUUGGCAGACACUGGCAAGUCCAAGCUGUGGCAGCUGGACGAAGUCUUCUACUAUGAUGACGGCAUCGAUGACACCGACCUGUACCCCAACCAGUGCACCGCUGAUGCCACCCUGCCGCCGCCAGUCAGCGCUGAGAAUGAGGUGGACGGCGGUCUGGCCUAUCUUUCACGAGCUAUGGGCUUUGAUUUUGCAAAGCGGUGCAACCUGGUGUUCCUCUCAAACGAUGAAUUCGCGUACUCGACAGGGAGGACGGUCCGCAUUUGCUCACUCAAGGAUCCCUGGGGCAAGGAGCACACACGAAAAGGGCGACAGAAGCAUUUGUAUGGCCGCGAUGAUGGAGGCAUCGGGGCGCUGGCCGUCAACCCCUCCGCCAAGUACCUUGCUGUGGCUGAGAAGUCCACCUCCCGCACCCCGUGUGUGUACAUCUACGAGCUGCCCUCUCUCAAGCUCUACCGCAUCCUCCGCAAAGGCACGGCAAGGGAAUAUGUCGGCGCCGCCUUCUCGCCACACGACCCCCGCACACUCGCAACCGUCGGCAGCGCUCCCGACUUUCUGCUCACAGUGUGGGAUUGGCCGAGCGAGCGGAUCGUGCUCAAGUUCAAGGCCUUUUCUCAGGAGGUGUAUCGGCUCGGCUGGUCGGUGCAGAUACCGGGGACGCUGACGACGUGUGGCACGGGUCACAUUCGGUUUUGGAGGGUGGCGCAGACCUUCACGGGCCUCAAGCUGCAGGGCGACAUUGGGAAGUUCGGCCAGACGGAGCUGUCGGAUAUCAGCGGAUUCCAGGAGCUGCCCGACGGGAAGAUCGUAUCUACGACGGAAUAUGGCAAGCUCCUUCUGUGGGAGGUGAGACAGGCAGAGAGUGAGAGAGAGGGAGAAAGAGAUAUGGGCUCUCCCUCUGUGUGCGUGUGUGUGUGUGUCUGUGUCUGCUCCAGGGCAUGUUUGUGAAGACUGACCUGCUGCGUGCGGUGGAUGAAGGCGAGUCUGCCAUGUGCCAUGAUGGAGCCAUCCACUACCUCUGUCUGGACCCCUUGGACACUUCCCUUAUCAUAUCGACGGGCAGCGACGGCUAUCUCAGAUGGUAGGUAACGAGACGAGACACUCGAUGUAGUGCAGCCAGACGCACAAGUAAAUGCUGACUUUUUGGUCAGGUGGUCGGUGAAUGAGAUUGACAGCGCAGAGGCCCCGGAGGACAGCAUCGACUGUGCCAUCCACUGCGUCAAAGAACUCCAAAUACCUGAGGGUCGGUCUGUCACUGCCAGCCAGACAAAAAACACAUGGAUCACGUCUCUCUCUGCGUGUGUCCGUCUGUCUAUCUCUGUAUCAGGUGCCGACAUCACCUACAUAGUGUACCCGCCAUGCCUCUUCCCCCGCCCUCCGCCCCCAGAGGAAGAACAGCCCAUGAUGGACAUCGAGACCCCCACCGAUGCAGCCCCAGCCGAGGCACAGCCGGACGGUGCUGACAACAGCGAGGAGAAAGCCGCUGCUGAGCCGGCCAAGGAAGGGGACAAUGAAGAGGAGGAGGCGGAAAAACUUGGUGAGGUGGACAGGAGUGCGCUGCCGUGGAUACUGCAAGACAGCGGGGGCAGCAGUGGGCGCCUGUGGCUCUACUACCCCGAUUCAGGGAACGUGGAGAAGGUAGGAAGGGUGACGCACACGGUAGAAGACAUGUAUGUCUCUCAUGGUUGGCGCGAUUGCCUCAGCUGAUGGAUUUCCACUCGUCAUCGAUUAUCGGUGUGCAAACGGUGCCGUCAGCCCCGGGGCUGCUCUUGACUGCCGGCCACGAAGGCGCACUCAGAACAUGGUCAGUCGACGCAACCAUCACAUUGUGCACCGGUGUCUCUGAGAUGCAGCGCUUCCAUUUCUCUGACAGGAACUACACAAUGGAGGCCCCGUCUCUGUCGGCCAUCGAGCGCUCCUGGCCCACACACAUUACUUGUUUCGCAGAAGCAUUCCCAGCAGAGGAGCAGCCAGCCGGCCUCUGCGCAGUCGGCUUUUCGGACGGUGUGGUGCGGGUGGUGUGUGUGCGGUCGAAUGGCAUCGAGCUCAUUCAGGCCUUCAAGCCGCAUUCUUGUCCUGUGGUCGCUGCCGCAUACUCGCCGGACCGUACGAAUGACAGUGGAUAUCGGCACAGACCCACGAAAUUGCGCCGCUUUUCUCUCUGAUUUCCAGAUGCCAUUUUCGCCUCGGCUGGUGAGGAUCGGUCCAUAUUCUUCAUGAGCCGGCACGACAAGUCGCCCUUUUACAGGCCGAUAGGCUUUGUAGCCCCCGACAGCCGACCACCCUUUGAUCCAUCAGCAACCGAGGCGCGCAUCGUCGGCCUGGUGUGGAGCCCCGACUCGCGACGGCUCUUCGUCAAGCAAAACUUCGACGGCAUUGUGGAGAUCGUCCGGUCGCAGAGCGACCAGUACGACAACGCCGAGAGCUUCGAUAUCGCCGGCUCGAUGGACUUCAGGUGGAUCUCUCCAAACCUGAUCAUGCCCACACCCACAGAGGAGGAGGAAGAGGAUAACGAGGGAGAGGAAGGCGCCCAAAACAACGAGAGAGACAUGGCCAAGUCGGUCAGGUCAGCCAAGUCGGUCAGAUCAGCAGCCAGGUCCGUCAGGUCGGCCAAGUCGGGUGCCAGGUCUGAGCGAGCGCGGCAAGAGGAGGAAGAGGAUGAAGAUGAGGACCACCCCGCGGCCAGACGGCCUGCGUCGUGGGUGACGCAGGCCGUGUACCUCGAUGAGAACGUGGUCCUCUUCACUGGCACGGGGGCAUAUCAGGAGGCCGUUUGGCGGUGCCACGUCACUGCAGUGCCGUCAUCAAGAGCAAUGGACGUCAGGAAUGUAAGCAACACAGAGAGACACGGAGAGCCGCCCACUGACUCUGCUUUUCGUGACUACAGCUGGGAUCUUCCACUCCCCGGGACUUCUCUGAGAAGCCGACAAGCACCCCGAUGGAGUGCCCCGCCGUAGCUCUUCUCCCAGACCACUUCGCCCCGCCCUCCCUCCUCACACUCACCCCCUCAGGCGAGUGGGCCGUCCUCGGCACACAGGACGGCAGAUUCCUCUUCAUCUAUGUCAACCUGGACCCAGAGAGCGGCGAGGGGUCUGGCCCGUCGAUGGGCUUCUUCUACCAGCUGUGUGUUGGCGACUCUGUGAGCGGGGCUGUGUCAUGUUGCGCGUUUGUGGAGGGGAGUCCGUGGCUGGUUUCGGGCGGGAGGGACGGGGCGCUCUUCAGUGUCAAGAUGAACUUCGAUGGCCUCAAGAUGCUCGUGCACCGAAAGCAGAAGGAACUCGAGGCAAGAAAGCGGCGAGAGGCACUGGAGGACGACCCAGAUCUGCCGUUGAAGCUCGAGGCCACCCGGGUGCCGCCGACCGAGGGCAGACUGGACGAUUUGGCGAUCAGGUCGUGUCUGUCGGUGGUAGACGAGGGCGCGGCGACGCUGGUGAUCGACAUUGACGACCCCAACCACUACGCCAUCCAGGACGCCAAGCUGCGGCAGGAGGAGGAGAGCGCCGAGGCGGCAGCCGAGAGACACAAGGAGAAACUCCGACGCAAAAUCGACGGAAUCAGAGACGAGCUUGUGCGACUCAUGGCCAAGAAUGCUGCAGCGCCCAUGCCCCUUUCCGACAGCGAGUUGGUCAUCGACUCGGAGUACCUGGAACAGCUCAAAUACGAGGGCGAGGAAAAGGUGCAUAAGCAUGCCGUAGUUGAGGCAGCAGCUAGCCCUCCACAAAUUCCGCGGAUGUGUGUGUGGUGCCUGUAGGUGCUGGAGGUGCACAAGGAGCUGGCGUGGUCGGUCGCUUACCACCAACUGGGAGUGGACAAGCUGAAAGUCAGUCAGUCAGUCAGUGAGACAGACAGACAGACAGACAGACAGACGGGCACGCUUCUCUGUCUGUCUCUGUGUGUCUCAUGCCGCUUCCCGUCCUUGUGCAGAGCCGUUAUCUCGACGACGUUGAGUGCGAGCGCAUUCUGGUGCAUGCCCUUGAGCAGCCGUGGAGCGUGGCGACCUUCAGGUGCCGCAAGAUGCCGCCCGAGCUGGAGGAGAACCUCGCCAAACUUAGGGAGCUCAUCCUGCUGCGGGAGGCUGACAACGCGCGCGACGACACCAUGUCGAGAGGACAGACCUCCGGAGGGGUGCUCAAGACCGCGACCACUCAGAAAAUGGCCACAGGUGAGAGCAGUGCUUAUAAAUGUGUCAUCUCCAUGUGCAUGUCUCGCACGUGUGUUGUGUCCAUGGCAGGCAAGACGAUCGGGAACCUCGGUGCGACGGGUGGUGGCCCGUCCCAGGCGGGUACGGGUAUGCAGAUGGGGGCCGAGGCGGGGGAGGCCGGGGCGCCCACCUCACAUGAGCACCGGGAGGAUAGAAAACUACUCAGACAGCAACGCAAGCGACAGAUGGAGGUCAGUGGGCAACACAACGGCACAAUUCUCUUCUGGCACAAUACAUGUGUGUCAUGCAGGAGUUGGAGCGUCAGCGGCCAUCUGAGAGCUAUGAGGACCCUGCUGACGUGGAGGCCAUCGUUCACGCUGAGAAGACCUUGGGUCACUGUCUGCUCAAGACUUCCCCCGAGUACAAGGUGCCCGAGGAGCAGCGCAUGAAUGCCGAGAAGAAGAGGAGACAGAUCUGCCUCCUGGACGAGUCGGUCCACGCCAUUCGCACCGAGUUCAACCAAAGGGUGCUCGCACUCAGGACGUACAAACAAAAGGUCGGUGCGUGUGUGUGUGUGUGUGUGUGUCGGGCGACAGACAGACAGACAGACAGACAGACCGACAGACAGACAGACAGACAGACAGACAAACGGGAAUGAGCAUGUGUCUCAUCUCAGGUGAAGGACAUGCUGAGCCGCGACUUGGCCACCUUGGACUCCAUCACGUACCAGCUCAACGUGCAGCUGCGCCCCACCCGCACGACAUCCGCCACGGCCCCCCCAGCGACAAACCCACUGGCUGCCCGCAUGUCGGUACUCGCACAGCAGCAGCAGCCACCUCAGCCGAACCAUGUCUCGGCCGACGAUUUGGAGGAUACGGUGACAGCGGACCGUAUACGGCGUCUGCUGGUGGAUCCACCGAGGUCUGAGUAUCCCGAACAGAGAUAUGACAUCACUCAGGAGGAGCUCACGUGAGCACCAAGAGGCACUGGACACACGGAGAGAGAGGGGAGGUGAUUGCUGAGGUUCUUCCUUUGAUUCUGUGUGGCUGCAUUGCAUUGCGUUGCAGUGUAUUCCGUGCGAAAGAGGAAAAGGAGCGGCAGGAGAAGGCCGCCAAGGGGAGGGGGGGCAGGCGGGCCGCCGACAGGGACAAACCAUCGGCCAUACAGAAGACCGAGCCACGUAAGUUAGGCAAUUUCCACCCAUCCACCGCGACAUACACAUUUGAGUCCCGCUUUCCAUUGUUCGUCAUGCAGCAGCCCACGAGACGGCCGAGAGGGAGGAGGAGGAGUACGAGACCCUCCCGGCCACUGGCACGGGAAAGGGCUGGAUGGCCACACUGGCCGGCCGCAGAGAGCGGCUCUUCCAGUUGAGGGCGGCAGCCAUGGCACUCAACCCCACUCCAUCGGCACCAUCACCCGCUGGCGCAUCGGACGACGGCAAGGGCGGUGCGAUGGCAGCGAGGGCUGCGGGGCAGCAGCUGGUGCUCAAGGAGAGGAGACAGCGGCUCAUGCACGAGAAGAAAGUCAUGGAGAAACAUGUCAGUAGGGAUGGGGAGGAGAGAGGAAGGCGUCGUCGGCUGGUGAUGUUGGUGCCUCUGUCUCUGUCUCUCUGUCUCUGUGUCUUCACAGAUGUUGCGUCUGAUAGAGACUUUUGACUCGGCCCUCUCCACUUUGGCCAAGGAGCGCACCAAGCUCGAGUCAGACCUCAAAAACGCGGAGAUCAAAAGACUGGUAGAACAGGGAGCCUCGCAAGACACGCAGAUGACACACAUAAGCGCUUUUCUGCCCCUCAGGUGCUGAACGAGGAGCUGCAGCUGCUGAACGAGCUAGAGGAGCGCGACGCUGCCCUAUACAAGAAGUCCCAGAAGUGUCGUGCGGACAAGAACGCCAACCUUCAGUCGAUCAAGGAUUGCCAGGAGCAGCUGGCCGACAAGAAGGCCGAGAUCGAGCAGUGGCAGCAGGAGGAGCAGAACCUGCAGGCGGAGUUCACCGAGAUGGUGGGCGAGAACAGCCCAUUCCUGGCACCGCUCCUCAAGAUAUACAAACGAAAAGUAAGCAAAUAACGGUCAGAUUGCGAAGACUCACUGGGCGUGUGUGUGUGUGUCUAUGUGUGUGUAGGUGAAGCGUAAGCGCAAGAAGGGCGUUGAGGGCGAGGAGGAGAUGGAGGAGGAAGAGGAGGAGGAAGCCGAGGAGGAAAGCGACAUCGACAGCGAGGAGGAGGAAGAGGACAUCGAAGAAGACAUCUGCCCACAAGGUCAGGAAGGAACCUGCCCAUCCCCCUCCCCUCCCCCAUGUGUGUGUCCGUCGUGUGUUUUGUGUCAGGGUGUGACAUGAGCAUCUACGAGUCGGUGUUGGAGCUGCGCGACAAGCGUCUCGACAUGGAGGAGGCCUUGCAAGACAUUCAGAAGGCCGUCGAGGAGCUCAAGAAGACCCACACCAAGCUGCUGGCGCAGGAGAAGCAGAUGGCCAAGGAGCAGAAGGCCACGGAGGACGAAAUCCAGCGGUUCCAGACGGAGAAGCAGCACAAGCUCAACCAGGUGGACGUCUGCUUCUCGCUGCGGCUCUCCCAGCUGCAGUGCAUGGGCGACACCAACACCCUCCCGGCUCACCUCGACGCCCACGUCGUCUUCACCAACCAGAGACUGCAGCAGCUCAUGACACGGUCGGUGGCCGGUGGCUGUGGGUGAGGGAGCGCACCCACACAAUGGUCUCUCUCUCUCUCUCUCUACUGUGUGUGUGUGUGUGUGUGGCUGUGUCCCUCAUUGUUUGCCAGUAUAGAGGAGCUGCAUCGCGAGAAGCAGGAGGUGCGUGUCAAGUACCGGCAGCUGCAGAAGGACUACACUACCGCACUCAAGGAAAAGAGACACGUGCGCACACACACGGACGGGCGGCAGGAAACCCACAGCACAGAGCCCUAUCACGUGUGUUGUGUUUUGCUGGGACAUUGCAGAAGGUGAAGGACAUAGAGGAUUUGCGGCGCAAGUACGAGGACGUGCAGAUGCUGCGCUUCGGACAGAUCGUCGACAUCGACAGACUCGAGGCGCAGGAGCCUUCCAAAUACGUCAACGUCAGCACGACACAACACACACACACACACACACACAUGUGGCCCCAGCUGAUAUGCCGGCAUUUGUGUGAAUGUCUCUCAGGAGUUGCGUGAUCGCGUCAAGGAGUCGGAGGUGUCGGCGCAUGAGCAGAUCCAGGCCUGGCGCAAGAAGGUUGACGACGCCAACACCGAGCUGCUCAGACUCACACAGGAAAACACACAACUCAUGGACCAAAUCGCAUCACUCGGGUGCGCUGUGUGUGUGGAUGGAUGGGCAGGGAGACACAACCCCAUAGAGACACACACACACACAUGAAGGGGUGUGGGCACGGUGUGGGUGCAGAUCGAUGCAGCUGACGCUUGACCAGGCCCUGAACUCUCGUGUGACCAACGUGACGGUCAACGACGCCGCCCCCACGCAGCAGCGGAAGACCAAGGAGAGGGAGCGCAUGAAGCAGCUCAUCACACUCCAGGCACGCUGGAAUGCAUCACAUACACACACACAAACGAAUGCGAUGUCUCGUGGGCUCACCUAAGUGUGUGACGCUGUGUGUGUAGGCCAAGGAGAUAGCGACACUGCAGGCAGAGAUCAAUUUGUUCAGGAGAAAGGGUGAGUGAGUGAGCUGUGUGAUGGAUGCUGUGUAUGUGCGCAUAUGCCCGUGUGCGGAUGUGGCUGUAUGUGUGUGUCAGGUGGUCACAUCUACACGACAGUGACGGCCCAGCGUCUCGACAAGCCGCCGGCCCCGGCCAACUCGAACCCACAGCAGGGCGCAAGGAUGGUUCGAUGACGUGUGGAUACGCAUUCACGUGACGCACGGGACAUGAUGUGUCUUCCAUGCACAUGUACACCUGAUGAGUCGGAUGGAUGGAUGGAUCGAUCGAUGGAUGGCCAUACAGUCUGUGUGGGUGUGUGCAUGUGGGACGAUGUUUUGCUCAUGCAUGUCUGGAUUGUCCUUGCUAUUCAUUUCGUGACGGCACACAAGACAGACAUUCAAAAAAUAAUCAAGU